CUUCCAACACAUACAGAAGGGUUCCUCCAUUUUAGAACAUACCUCAACUUCAUCUCACGCUGCCGGCGUUCGUCUUCUCCACAAACUCGAAAUCUCUUUAUAAGCUAAAAAGCAAUGGUGAAGUAUAACUUCAAGAAGAUAACUGUUGUCCCAGAUGGAAAAAAGUUCGUUGACAUUAUCCUCUCACGCACUCAGCGCCAGACACCAACAGUUACCCACAAGAGCAAAAAAAUUAGCCAACUCCGUAGCUUCUACAUGAGAAAAAUCAAGUUCACACAAUCAAACUUCGUCGAAAAGCUCUCCACCAUCGUCUACGAGUUUCCUCGCCUCGAAGAGAUUAAUCCCUUCUACGACAACCUUUUUAACGUCCUCUACGACAAGGAUCACUACAAGCUAGCCCUGGGUCAACUCAACACCGCCAAGAAGCUGAUCACCAAAAUCGCCAGUGAUUACGUGAAGCUAGUCAAGUAUGGUGAUUCUCUGUACCGAUGCAAGUCCCUGAAAGUAUCUGCUCUGGGGCGUAUGUGUACUGUCAUGAAGAAGGUUGGUCCUAGUUUGGCUUAUCUCGAGGAGGUAAGGCAGCACAUGGCGAGGCUUCCUUCGAUAGACCCCAACGCAAGGACUCUCUUGAUAUGCGGAUGUCCUAACGUAGGCAAAAGUUCUUUUAUGAACAAAGUUACGAGAGCUGAUGUUGAUGUUCAGACGUAUGCUUUCACCACGAAGUCGCUCUUUGUUGGUCAUACUGAUUACAAGUGUUUGAGGUAUCAGGUGAUCGAUACGCCAGGGGUUUUGGAUAGGCCGAUGGAAGACCGUAACAUCAUCGAGAUGUGUAGCGUCACUGCCUUGGCGUAUCUUCGAGCUGCUGUUUUGUUCUUUUUGGAUGUUUCUGGUUCUUGUGGCUACACCAUUGCUCAGCAGGCUUCUCUUUUCCACAGCUUGAAGUCUUCGUUCGCGAACAAACCGUUGGUGAUUGUUUGCAACAAGACUGAUUUGGUGUCCGUGGAGAGCCUGUCUGAAGAAGAUCUGAAGCUGAUUGAAGAGAUGAAGACUGAAGAGGCAGUGGUUUUGAAUAUGAGUACUCUGACGGAAGAAGGCGUGAUGGCUGUGAAGAAUUCCGCUUGUGAGAAGCUGUUAGAUCGAAGGGUGGAGGAGAAGAUGAAAUCUAGACGCGUCAGUGACCACUUGAACAGGUUCCACGUGGCAAUGCCGAAGCUUCGUGAUGACAAAGAGAGGCUCCCUUGUACACCUCAGGUAGUCAUGGAAGCUGGUGAGAAGCGAAAGACUGAGAAAGAUUUGGAAGAUGAGAACGGUGGAGCUGGGGUUUAUUCUGCUUCUCUGAAGAAGAAGUACAUCUUGGCUGAUGAAAGCUGGAAGGAUGACAUCAUACCUGAGAUUUGUGAUGGUCAUAAUGUUGCUGACUUUAUGGAUCCAGACAUUUUGAAUAGACUUGAGGAGUUGACAAGUGAAGAAGACCGUAGAAAGGCUGAGGAUGAUGAAGAAGAUGAGUUUGAGAUUGAAGGCGAGAAACUUACGGAGGAGCAGAAGAAACAGCUGGCUGAUAUUCGUAAGAAGAAAGCUUUGCUGAUUCAAGAGCAUAGACUCAAGAAGAGCAAUGCACAGAACAGAGCAGCUGUUCCAAGAAAGUUUAACAAGGACAAGAAGUUUACAAGGGAGAGGUUGGUUAGAGACUUGUCAUCCCUCGGUCUUGACCCUUCUUCGGCUAUGAACCGUGCAAGAAGCAAAUCUAGAGGCAGAAAGAGGGAGAGAUGUGAUGAUGUGAACGAUGAGCAACAAAGUAAUAAGAAGCUGUGUUUAUCAAGAUCGAGAUCAGUGUCACGGUAUCCGCAUGAAGUGUUAGCUGGUGAAGGCUUCAAAGAUUCUUGCCAGAAGAUAAAGGCUCUUAAGAUUGGGAACAAGUCUCACAGAAAGAGGAACAAAGAUGCACGUCGUGGAGAAGCUGACAGAGUUAUACCAACACUUAAACCAAAACACUUGUUUUCAGGUAAAAGAGGGAAAGGAAAAACUCAAAGGCGUUGAAACCAAAUAAUCGAAGGGAAUAUGCUUAAGUAAGAUUUAUGAAAGGACUGAAGAAGAGCUGUACUUUUUUUUUCUUUACUAUUUAUAUGAUGCUUUUAUAAGUUGAUGGGCUUUAGAUGAUUAUUGAUACUUGCAGUGGUUAUAUGCUAUUUCGUUGAUGGGGUUGGCUUUAGUUCCAACUGGCUCUCUUAUAUUUAUACACAGGAGUUCGUAGUCUUGGCAUAUUUGGAUUCUUUGUAAUAAGAUUAUAUCUUGUUCUGAAACUUUAAGAGUUGUAUGUUAACAGAAAUAAUCAAGUAAAACGUACCUUUGAAGUUA